CAACCGGGGCCCAGUCUCAGUCUGGCUUCGUCAGAGACAGCCGGCCGCAGCCACUUUUAGUAGUCGCUUUCAAUCGCCUGCCGUCGUCGGUGUAUCGCGCUCGACUCUGGAACGUGGCCUGCCUGUGGUGUGUCGUCAUUGCAGCAACGUUUUGUUUUCAUCUUGGUUCGACAGACACUGUCACCUUCAAGGCUGCCGGCUCUCUUUUUUUCUCCUUUUAUUUUACUACGAUACAGGCCCGAAAAAUUUUGACAGUUCGGCUCAAUAAUCCCUUUCCGUCAAACAGUGUAAUGUUUACAUAGCCGAUCCGAGCCGGCAGAGUGAUGUUUAGAAAUUCCGAGUUUGUCCUUUGAAGAAAAACGAAUCACAUGACCGCCGAAAACACGCCGGAGGUAAACUACGCCUAUGCCCGAGAACAAGUAUGACAGAGAGAUGGCAAAAGUAAGCAGCAACAACAACAGAAAAUCACUGGAGGAGAUGUGUCCGCUCCAAAACGGCUCUAAAGACAACAAUAACCCCACGUGCGAACAAACUUCCUUAUCAGCUUCUAUAGAUCACAACGACGAUGCCAACCAUCACAUAUCACAGAAUCACAGGUCGAACGGUGACGUCACUACGCUCAGCGCAGACGACAGCGAUGACGAAAGCGACACCAGAUGUGGAUGGGGUCCUAUAUCACCUGGCUGGAUGAGCAUAUUCGUUUCAAAACAAGGAUUUUUGGUGUUCUUCUGCAUGGCAUGGGUACUCCAAGGGUUGUAUCAUACAUAUUUCGUAAGCGUGAUCACAACCAUAGAGAAAUUGUUUCAAAUUCAGUCGAAGAUAACUGGCAUCAUAAUGAGUGCUACAGAAAUCGGACAAAUAGGAUCGUGCUUGCUUUUGACUUAUUAUGGUGGCCAGGGCCAUAGACCGAAAUGGAUAGCGUUGGGAAUGAUACUCUUUGCUGCUGGUUCAUUUACAUGUUCCCUACCUCAUUUUAUAUACGGGAAGCAGUUGAUCAAAGCCCACGGGCUCAGUGGAAUUAUCAGAGAGCCUCAUGUUUGUAACACUGAUGCCAACAUUCGAGAAACAUCUAGAAGCUUAUUGAAUUCCUCAGAUCUCCUAAACGACAAUUUGUCGCCUAACAUAAUCCAGUCGUGUUACGAAGAUGUUGAUCCAGGACAUCAAAUCCAACCCAGCGUGAGGAACAUCGUUUUGGCUAUAUUUUUUAUUAGCCUUCUCGGUGUCGGAAUGGGACAAACGGCUGUGGCUACGCUUGGAAUACCGUUCAUAGACGAUAACGUCACAAGCAAGGAAUCGCCGUUAUAUUAUGCUGUAACAGCAGCUGUCAGGAUUUGUGGCCCAGCGUUUGGUUUUAUUCUUGGAUCGUUAUGUACAAGCGUUUAUGCCGAUUUAUCUGUCGAUCCUAAAAUCGAUUCAUCGGAUCCAAGGUGGAUAGGAGCAUGGUGGGCUGGAUUACUCAUAAUCUCAGGACUUUUAGUGUUAGGCGCCAUAGGAAUGUAUGCCUUUCCAAAACGACUACCUCAUAUUAAGCCUUUGAGAAGGCCUAGCAAAAAUAAUAUGCUUAACGAUAAGAAACAAAACCCUAGUAUAAGAGAUUUUCCAAAGACUGUAAAACGAUUAUUGAAAAACGAUAUACUUAUGUAUCGAACUGCCAGCACGAUAUUACACAUACUGCCGAUUGCCGGAUUAUACACUUUUUUACCGAAGUAUCUAGAAUCUCAAUUUAGGUUGCCAACGCCUACUGCCAAUAUGAUUUCAGGUGUCGGCGGAAUAUUGGUCAUGGGGAUUGGCAUAGUGAUAAGUGGUUUAAUAAUUGGAAAAGUCCAACUGAAUGCCAGACAAGCCGCUGGUUGGAUAGCAUUUACUUCCAUCGUCUAUGCAAUCGGAAUGGGAAUACUUAUGUUUAUCGGAUGCCCUAUGAACGAUUUGGUUAUUGUAAAACCAGAUCACGGGUUAGAUCUAAACGACAUAAACACUUGUUAUAAAGGCUGCCACUGCAACGAGGACAAGUUUCAACCGAUUUGCGGACAGGACAAGAAAACUUAUUUAUCGCCCUGUCACGCGGGUUGUCAAAACUACACUGAAAAAGACGGCAAGAUAAUAGAAUAUUCAAAUUGUUUGUGUCUGGACAUGCCGGACCGAACGUUUGAUAAUCAGACAUCUUUUGGGAACGCCACAAUUGGAUAUUGCGAAAACGAAUGUGAUAACUUCAUUUCGUACAUGGUGUUGUUUAGUAUUUUCGUUUUUAUCCACUCCACGUCAGAGGUGGGGUCUAUGUUGUUGAUUCUACGGUGCGUGGACCCCAGAGACAAAGCAAUGGCGAUGGGUGUCAUCCAGUUCGCCAUAGGGCUCUUUGGAAAUGUGCCAUGUCCAAUUAUUUAUGCAACUGUGGUUGAUUCGGCGUGUCUUAUAUGGGAAAUGGCUUGUGGGGAAAAAGGGGCUUGUGGUCUAUAUGACUCCGACACAUUUAGGAUGUUUUAUCACGGAAUAACUGGCGCAUUUCUGCUUUGUGCUUUUUUCGUGGAUUUGAUUGUUUGGUACAAAGUGGGAAAGUUCCACAUCGUAGAAGACGAAGAGGAGUUUGAGGAGGAGCUAGCUACAAUUGCCAUUAAAAUAAAAGGAGAGACAGACUAGCAAACGGCUGUGGUGGAAGAGGGUCCACCGAAAUACUAAGUUUUGCAAUUUCUUAAAGUGAAAAGGCUUGUUUUUGUUUUAUUCUAGUUACUGAAGAUAUUAGAGCCUUUUGUUUCGUGCAAAGAAUGAUUUUUAGACAUAUGGUAGCUAAAAAAUCGAUUAACUAUGUGUAAUAUUUAAUCUUAUAGGGGGAGGGGGGGUAUUCCUAGUCGCAAUGAACUGUUGCAUUUUUAUUAAAAAUUUUAUAGCAAAAAUGCAUUUGCAAUCUUAGUUGAGAUGUUAAUAUUAUUGGACAUAGCAUAAUUUUAGUAAAUUUUGUUGACUUAAUUAUAAAUGUUUAGUGAAUCGACCCUCUACCUACAUACAUACAUCACAUUUUGUAUGGCUGUUUCAAAGUAAAAUUUUCUAUAUAUUAUUUUAAUUAUAUUAGUAAAUUAUUAUAAAGUUAAUUUAUAACCUAAGGGAAAGUAAUCCUGCGUUUGUUAUUCGAGGCUUGAUCACUAAGUAAGUAAUCUGCUUGAAACUAGAAUUAAUGGUAAGUAUUCAAAAAGCAGAUAUACUAAAUACUGUAUAUUCGUUAGAAUUAAGUUGUUAGAGAAAUUAUAUUCUAUUAAGGCCUAACCUCUGUUUCGUCUAUUAUACAUGUUAUAUUUUUAAUGAGUCUGUAAUACUGCAAUUUUUAAUUCCAAUAAGGGAAACCCUAAACUAUUGUUUAAAUAUAACUAUUGCAUCCAAUAUAUAAACUGUGAUAUUUAAAUAUGUUGCUAUGUCCAGCAUUUUUAUACAUUAUACAUUACUACUCUAUUCUGAUGUAAGUUGAUUUUAUAUAAUAAUGUUGAUGUAAAAACUUGUGUAUACAAAAAGAUCAAAAUCUUAUUAAAAUUGUCAAUAACUGAUACAUGAAAGAGACUAUUUUAAUAUAUUAUCUUUUGUAACUUUUAGAGAAAAAAUGAAAUUAAAAAAAUAAACGUGUUGUACUCUUUUAUGUUAAAAGUAAAUAAGAAAAGUAAUUAAAUAAAUUUCAUUUUAUUAUUACUUACUAUUACACCAUAAAUUUUCCAGAAAUAAAGAUAUUUUGUAUAUAACUUGUAAUAUCUUAAUUUUUGCAGUUGCAUACACUUCUAAAAUUAGAACAACACAAAUUCUUAAGUGUUAUUUUAAUGUCCUUCAACUUUUAGUUACCAUUUUUCAGUUAAAUAUUAAAAAUACACUCACCCAACAGAAUAAUCAACGUGCCAUGUACAUUUUAGUUUUACGAAAAAAAUAUUAAAAAUACCUCACUUCUAUUAUAAUAUAUGGUGCUCAACAGUUUAUACUUUUAUAUGGACUUCUAGAACUAUUUUUGUUUUUCUCUGUAUUCUUUGUGUUAGUUUAAAUCAAUAGACCAAUAAAUUUUUUAUGUAUU